CAGUUCAUGAACACUAGACUAAACACGAAAUUUUUAUGAACGAGUUACCUAAGAACUGAAGCAUGGCCUCCAGAGUUGGUAACCUACUGCAAAAAGUAAAACCAACACUCCCCGAGAAAUGGAAAGGUGGAAAAAUAGAGAAAAUUGGCAGUUUUCUUUAUAACAUCUUCAAUGACUACAAAGUAGUUGCUGUAGAGACCAUUCAGGACUGCAAAGACCGACCCCUGAAAGCCUCCGUGUACAUUUCAUUAUUGUCGUUUAUUGGACUUCUAUACAAGACAAACCCUACUGAGAGAGAUUUUCGGCAGGAACUGAUAGAGGAUGCACAGGAAAUGCUACUGAUCGGCGAACCCAUUCGAAAUGUGAACACUGACAGAUAUCUCUGUUCUCUGUUGGAAGCAAAGCGGGAUGGACGUUUACGAUAUCAGAGCCUCUUGUUCUUCUCGAUAGUUUAUUUUGACAAUGCAUCACAUGAGGCUGAUUUGUUUGAAGCAAGAUGUAAACUUGUUAAACCACACUGGAAAGAUUUCUACAAAAGUAUAGUGGAGGUUGGAAUAUUAAGUCGGUUUGUGAAUUUACGGAAGGCUAUGAUUGACUAUGAUGUUAAUCCCGAGGAGUGGAAUGAAUGUGGAAUGCCUGUUAAUCCCCUACAAUUAUCACAAUUAAAAUGAUUUAUUUCAUUUAAACAUGUUUUUUUAAAAGGUCUCCUAUGUCUUGGUCACUAUUUUAAUCGGUUUGUCAUUGUACAUCCAUCAACAUUAAAACAUUUUUUACUA